AUCCUGUCUUUACCGGUGCAUUUUGGAUAGAAUUGUUUCGCUUUGUCGGGAGUGACUUUAUGCCUCGUUCUGCUUUUCACCCACAAACUGACAGCCAAUCAAAAGUCACUAACAGGGUAUUGGGUGUCUAUCUUCGCUGUCUUGCCGGCGAUCGGCCACGGAGUUGGCUCAGGUGGCUGCCAUGGACGGAAUACUGUUAUAGUACUUCCUAUCAGACAGCUCUUCAGGCCACGCCCUUUGAGAUGGUUUAUGGCAGGCCGCCCCCCACAUUGGCUGCUUAUCAGCCCGGCUUGUCACGGGUGGCUUCAUUGGACAAGCAGCUCGUCGAAAGGGAUGCAUUCUUGGCUGCUGUUCGGGAAUGGCUCCUCCAGCCACAAGGAAUCAUGAAGCAACAAUAUGAUGCAACCCAUCGGGACGUCACCUUUGCUGUGGGUAAUUGGGUGUGGCUUCAUUUUCACCAGCGUGCAGUGUCCUCCGUCAAGGUGGCCUAGAAUGCCAAGCUGGCUCCUGGCUACUACGGGCCAUUUCAGGUGAUUGAGCGCAUUGGCUCGGUUGCCUAUCGCCUGCAGCUUCCCGCCAAAGCACGCAUCCACAAUGUCUUCCUGAAGCCGUUUCAUGGCGAGGCCCCGGGUGACAUAAUUCCACUUCCUACCGUUGUGCAUGGCCAUGCUAUUCCAGAACAUGCUAAGGUUCAGCGUGCCUAUCUUAAUCGUGGGGUGUGGGAGGUCCUGGUGCAUUUGCUGGGUCAGAGUGCCGCAGAUUCUACAUGGGAGCCAUCGGAGGAAUUCAAGUCCACAUACCUAGAUUUUCAGCUCGAGGACGAGCUGUUUCGAAAGGAGGGGGGAAGUGUUGUGGACUCUUUCAUGGGAAGGUGUACAACAGGAGGAAGAAGGCGCCAUCUAGUUGCUGAUGUGGUGCUUAAUUCCCCUAUUUUGUGGCUGGGUCAGUAGUUAGUUGGAUCAGGAUACAAAUAAGAUCAGAUAGAGAUGAGAUAAGAUCAUAAUAGUUGAGAGUUUGUUAUGGCCGGCCUUCUUAUAAGCCAAGGCCACGACAGGAGAUUAGGUAGGUAGAAAUAGAUCCUAGCACUCAGAGCCUUCCAGGGAGGGCAAGUUGGGUUUCUAUCCUACCAUUGUAGCCUGUCUACUAAUCAAUAAAGCUGUUAUGUUCCCCAUUUCUUGUUGCUUAUCAUUGUUCUUCAGAAUUUCCACUGGGUAGCGAGAAGCAUUUUCUAUAUGCUUUAAUUUCACAAGAAAUAAAACCAGGUCCGUAUAGAAAUCCACAUUUCUGAAGCUUACAUUAGGCAUCAUGUUGAGCCGAAGCAUGUUUUUGUAGCUAAGUUCUUGAGGUUCGUGAGGUUGGAAACUUGGAAUGGUUGAGAUUGUUUCGUCGCAAUUCAGUGGUUUAGUCUGCAACUUUCAGAUGGCCCUGGGCUUCUCCGAUUGUAAAUAUGCCACAAAUAAAACACGCCCAUUAACCUGCCUGGAUAAUACAUACUUCAUGAAGAUGUUGCAGCUAGAGUAGUGAACUGCUUUAAGUCUACUAUGUACUGUAUGUGUUGUUCUCAGCUGCGUGGGUCAGGUACUCAGGUCAGGUCAAUAAGCAGCUGCAUGCAUGUGUCGUUUCCUGCUUCUGGCUUGUUAUUUUGUUAUCUUGUGUUCACUUGUGCGUCUGUCAUAUAUACGUCUAAGAGUUAUAUACAAGUCUUUUUCCCCCAUUCUUUUCCUUAUAUAUCAUGAAAAGGAAAAGAGUUCUUUACGGUCGUUUUGUACUCCAGUGUAUAAGCAUAGAAGGACGAAACAUAAAAGUACAGUUAAUUUUUUUUUCUAUGAUGGUCAUCUUUUUCGCAGGUUCGCAGGUUCGAUCCGCAUCGCUUUUUCCAAUGACUUUAAGCACAUUAAUUUCAGAUUACAGUCAGUAUAUACGGAGUACUACCAUUUCAAUCUUUAUUGAUGUUCGAUCGGCUUUCACCUGAAACAAAUGCUGGUCCAGAAAUUCCCACGGAAGAAAUCGCGCGUCGCGGCUACCUCAAAGUCACUGAAAUCAAGCAAUCGGUUAGAGGUAACCACCGCGUCCGCGAAGUCCUCUAUCAGGCAGCUACACGAUGUGGUUUCAGGUUUUGAUGAGAGGAAGAGGGGGUUAGUGAAGUCAAUAGGCUUCAAGGUAUCCUCUAUUUCCCCCCUCUCAGGCAAACCAACAGGAAGUUUGCGCUAUGGAUUAUGAGCAGGGUUGAUCCGUUGUCACAGACGUUGGUUAUCAAUGAUUCAAGGAAAAUACAGUUUAGUAAGGAAGAUGUUGCUCGUGUGUUUCGUAUUCCCAGCCAUGGCUUGAGUGUAGCCGAAAAUGGAAUGCCAGGGAAGGAAACUGUUUCUAAGAUAACAGCUGAAUACCUUGGUGUUGAGGCGAAGGAUCAACCUAGUAUCAAGGCGGCACAGGCGGUUAUUGAGCGGGACUAUGGUGGGUCAAUGUCACCGAGUGAAGAAAAUGCUUUUAAGGCAGCAUUUGUAGUGUAUGUGAUGUCUUUGUUACUGUCUCCGGGUGCAAAGUAUGAUCAUGCCUCUGUGGAUUACUGGAAUACGCUUAGAGAUCCUUUGGUUAUACAUACAUUUGACUGGUCAGAAGAUGUCAUUCAACGACUGCUGUAUGCUGUUCUGAAACUCAAGUCUGACCUAAAGAGUAACCUAAAAGUCCCGAGCAUCACGGGAUGUACUCUAUUCCUGCAGGGCCUGUACCUUGAUAGCAUAUGGAAUAUGGACCACAACAAACUCCCACGUAUCCAGCCAUUUAAUGAUGGAACAAUGAAAUCUAUGAUUCUUGGUAAUACUCUUUCCGGUCCCGAUGACUAUAGUGAAUCUGAUUUUGGUAAUAGCAAGCUGCGGGCACCAUCUGGUUUAUGUUACCACUGGGCAGCUGUUCAGGACUCCAAUGGCACUGGCCAUCCUAUGUCUCAGCAGAUGGCUUUGUGUGAGGCAACUACAUCCUCGGCACAUGCUCUGAGAGUCCCUGUAACAUCCUCCGCAUUAGAGCCUUUUGAUGUCCAAAUAGCUAGUGAAACUUCCGUUAGCUGUUCCGCUAAGAGACAGCUAUGUUCUGAUAUGAAGGGUGUCUCUCUGGUUGACCAACCAGAUCCAGUUGGCAAAAAAGCCCGUUUCAUCAGUUGUACAGAGCACAAUGGUCAUCAGGAUAGCGCAUCUUGCCAAGCAUCAACUGACCGCCAUAACAUGAUGUCAUCGUCCACGAUAGACUUAUCAAAGCAGAUUGAUCCCAUUUUUUCCAAUGCUUUGAGCACCCAUUGUAUGAUCACGAAAGCAAUGCCUACAUUAUACUUGGGUGCUCAUCAUUCCAAGUUGUGGUUCUAUAGAUCUCAAUGUCACAUUGCAGUCACUGGAUUCUUCUGAUGACUAUGCUCCUAGAAAGGUUGUCCCGCAUAUCAUAGAUUCCAAGACUCCUUGGCAGCUGGGAUUCCAGCCGAGCAAUGCCUAUCUUAAUUCAUCAUUGUUAAUGGAAAAGAUGGUGCUGGUGGAUGAUGGUGUCAAUGAUAGGAUGUAUGUACAUUAUCUCACCACAAUCCAGUUACUGUUAUUCUCAUGGUUAAUUAUUUCUAUAAUUGAUUUGUACAUUUUUUUAUAUUUACUCCAAUAUAUCGUAGGCCAUGCUUCAUUCAUUAUAUUCCAAAGUACAUAGAGGUCUUGACAGUUGCAGUCAAAUUGCAAUUUAUUGGCAAGUCAGAGGUGGCAAUGGAUUUAUUUGAUGCGAUCCUGAGGCGUUUCAAGCAGCUAGAUGAUGCAUUAUGUGUUGGCCAACCUUGUGCUUGUUGGAGACAUUUUGUUGAAUCUGACUUUGUGGCAUGUUCACUAUUAUUAUAACAUUGUGGUGUUUCCCUUUUCAUCAAUUUGAUCAAUGGCACAAUGAGUUUCAUUUCCACCCAUUAUUUUGAUCCAAUGUUCUUUUGAAUCCCUUUUGUAACAAUUUAAUGUUAUGUUACCAUCUGCCAAUUCACAGGGAUCCAUACUUGAUGGGUCAUUCGAUAUCAUGGACCCCUCCAUACGCGAACAAUUUGUUGGUCGGCUAUGAUGUCCCCCACUGCAAGAUGCUAUUCUUCCCUAGUUUGGUGGAGCACCGGUGGGUUGUCUAUGUUUGGAGCUGUGAAGAUAAUGUGAUUAUAAUAUUUGACCCUAGUGUAAGCUUUACACCAGCAUUCCAUGUGCAUGUGGUUAAGUUGCUUAAGAGUGCAUUGCGGGAGGUUGUUUUCAAACUUUUUGAUGGAUGGGAGCAAGAUUGGGAAUCAACUAAUUAAAAGUUGUUGAAAUUCACUGACACCACAAUAUCUUGUCUGAAUCGCACCGGCGUAUUGUGUGCUCAUUUCUGUCAGCAGCUUUGAUGGUAAAAGCACAUUUGUGAGGCAUCACAAUGUUGACACUGAACGCACUGCUGGUAUGCUUCUAGCGGAGGUCCUCAAGCUGUUCGAUAAUUAUGGGAAGGAAAAAGUCUAUAUAACCCCUAAUGUAUUGAUGG